AAUUUGCAAUAAUAUGCGUUGAUAUAUCAGUUUUCUGUAGAUGGAGCGAAAACAAAUAAAAGUGAGCGUACAGAGAUAGCAGAUUCGGACUUUAGUUAUUAAAGCUUACAGCUCUAAAGCCACGUUACAAACAUUUGAAACUAAGAGCAGGAUGAGAAUACGGUCAGAAAUUUUAGUCUUCCUCUUUUGGACGUUAUCAGGGGUUUGCGCAACCAAAGGUUUCAAAAAUGAGACUAUCGAAUGCGUUUUCAGAGAAUAUGAUAAAUGCUACUUGGCCAUCUCUUCCUUGGGGGCCGACUUCACAGCCAGAUACGAUGAAACAGAAAUGCAAAUAAAUGCUACUUGUAGGACAGAGAUGCAGACACGACAAUGCAUUGCAAACAUCCCCCAUGCUUGUAAUACAUUCUCUGGAUGGAAUCCUAACAGAAUCAUCGACACAGUCCACAAUCUGUGUACUAAAAACAAAACUGAACACAAAAAUUUUUUGAAUUCUAGCAUUUGUUACAAUCAAAACUUGAGCAGACGGCAAAACUGUGUAAAUAAAUACAGUUAUGGCUCCAAAACUGAUGUAAAAUCUCUUUGUUGCUCAAACCGAGAUACUCUAGAGUGCUUGAAGGAAGAACUGAGAAAUACUUGUCCCAGGAACUACACGGAAUUCCAGAAUCACCUGAUGGAAGUUUAUCGGAGCCACCACUUUGCUGUCUGUGGACACUACUAUCGUAUAUGCAAUGGGGCAUCAAGUUUCGUGAUCUCAGCUGGAUUUAUUAUGUUCUUAAUUAUGUUAGUUCUCAUUCAAAAGUGAGACGAAAUAAAUUUGUGAACAAAUAUGUGUGAAGAUUAUUUCUAUGAAUAUAUAUAUAUAUAUUUCUGCCAGAUGAAAAAAGAAUUUUUUAAAAGUAUUUUGAAGAGUUAUUGUGUAAUUUUUAUUACAGAAAUUAUAGACGUGUAUGUAUCUUUUAAUUUUUCGGGG